UGGUCAUGUGUUCAUCUCUCAGAGCGACCGCAGGAAGGCGCAGGCGGCGAUGGAGGCAGCUUGGAAGUCGAUGGAGAAGAAGGAGAAAAUUCCGUGGAUCAAGAGGGCGGCAGAGGACCAGAAGCGUUAUGAGGUUCAGUACCAACAUGUGAGGGAGCUGCUGGAGAUGAGGGCUCCAGCCACAGGUCAGACUCAGAGGAAACCCAAGUUUGACGGAGAACCAAAGAAACCUCCAGUGAGCGGGUAUCAGAUGUUCUCCCAAGAGCUGCUGACCAAUGGUGAGCUGAACCACUUCAGUCUGAAGGAGCGGAUGGUGGAGAUCGGGAAGCGAUGGCACAAACUGAGCCAGAGCCAAAAAGACAAGUACAAGAAGCAGGUGGAGGAGCAGCAGGUGGAAUACAAGGCUGAGCUGGAGGCCUGGGUCAAGUCUCUCUCUCCUCAGGAUCGAGCCGUCUACAAAGAGUUUUCUUCCUCAAAACGUCGCAGCACCACUAAAGCUCGCAGCAGCCCUGGAGCUAAAGUCCAUGUGACAGCGAAGGGGAAGGCGGUCAGUUCAAGAGCAGCAACACCGGGGGUCAGCGUGGGCAAGAGGCCCAUGGCGUACCGAGCUAAGCAGGACAUGUCCGACACAGACGAGGAGGAAGAGAAAAGUUCGUCUGACUCCGAUGAAGACGACGAGACAUCAGGAACCACAGACAGCGACGAUGACGAGAAUGACGAUGAGGACGAUGAAGAUCAAACGUCUUCGGAGGAAUCUAGUGACUCUGACUCAGACUAGCUCCGCCUCUUCCCCUCAUUGGAGAGGAUAGGCUGUGCAGGCCACGGCUCCUCAUGUGCCGAUCAUCCCAGCGGACCAAUGAGAAUCGGUGACGGAGCCUGACAGAGCGUUUUGUUACUUCUGUUUGUUUUUUAUCGAGUGUUUGUUGGUUUUUAACUGAUGGACGGUUCAAACAGACAAAGGGGGGGGGGGUGUCAGGUUUGUACAGAGUUUGACAGGCAGAGUGGAGGGGGUGGAGCCUAUUGAUUGUCAUUAGUUACCAUUAAGGGAGGAGUCAGUGUUCAGCCUCCUAUCAGCUGCCUGCUGCAAAAAAAUUACAAAUAAAAAUGCACUUUUUCUCAUUUUGGAUGUUUGAUUUCAUUUUCACCAAAUAACCUGAGACCUGUCACUCACCUCUCCACCAUGCUGACAACGCAAUGUUGUGAUGAACGUCAAUAAAACAACAGACUCGUGGUUAA